UCAGCCCAGGAACUCAUAACCCAGCUGUCCCUCGUCCAGCUGAGAUCAGUCACACUUGGGACCAUGAGAGUCUUGAUUGGAGCCCUGUUGGUGGCCUUAGUGGCUGCAGAGCAGAAACGUUCAGCUGACCCUGGAAUUGGCUAUGGGGGACUUGGAGGCCUGGGUUAUGGUGGCCUGGGGCAUGGAGGACUCGGUUAUGGAGGCUUGGGACUUGGAGGGCUUGGUUAUGGAGGCCUUGGACUUGGUGGGUUAGGACUUAAUGGUGGAUACGGAGGUGGAUAUGGAGGCUAUGGUGGUCUCUUAAGUGCUGGAAAAAUAAAAAACUUUUUAGCCAAUGGAUACAGCCACUCCACUGGAUACAAUCAUGGAAACCACAUUCUAAAGGAAUAUGGAGGAGCAGGAGGACUGUCACAUGGCCAUCUUAACAAACACUUGCUCGGCAAACGAAGUGCUGAUCCCGAACCAGGUUUAGCUUAUGGAGGACUUGGUGGACUUGGAGAAACUGGGUUAUGGAGCCUUGGACUGGAGGACUGGGAUUAUGGAGGCCUAGGACUUGGUGGGUUAGGCCUUAACGGUGGAUAUGGUGGUGGAUAUGGAGGCUAUGGUGGUCUCUUGAGUGCUGGAAACUAUGCCAAUGGAUACAGCCACUCCACUGGAUACAACCAUGGAAACCACAUUCUAAACGGAUAUGGAGGAGCAGGAGGACUGUCACAUGGUCAUCUUAACAAACACUUGCUCGGUAAACGAAGUGCUGAUCCCGAACCAGGUUUAGCCCUUGGAGGACUUGGUGGACUUGGUGGACUAGGCUAUGGAGGUCUUGGUCUUGGUGGACUUGGCCAUGGAGGCCUUGGACUUGGAGGACUUGGCUAUGGAGGGCUUGGACUCGGUGGACUAGGUCAUGGCUUAGGCCUUAAUGCUGGAUUUGGUGGAGGAUAUGGUGGCCAUGGUGGUCUCUUGGAUGCUGGUAACUAUGCCCAUGGAUACAGUCACUCCACUGGGUACAACCAUGGAAACCAUAUUGGAAAUGCCCACAAAGGACUGGGAGGGCUGUCUCAUGGGCACACCAACAUCAUAGGAAAGUAA